GAAUUUUAUUCUAUUUUUCCUUCUUUAUUUUUUUGAUUUUUAUUUUAUUUUAUUUUUUUUGCCUGACCUUUAUUCGCGCAAUUCUGAUCGGCGCAGUCAAGUAAAUGCGCAAUAUGUUUCGAAGGGUGAUCGGGGAUGGGGGCGACGAGCUUCCUUUUUGCAUUGCGUCUGCACCACGGAGUAUUCCGGGUACGAUUGUUCACCCUUGCGAGGAAUACUCCGUGGUGGAUGGAUCAACAUACACCGGGCAAUACGAGUCAAUGUCGGGUGACAAAGCCAACAAGUUGAGGGAUUUUGUAAGCUUUGACAGAGCGUGAAGAUAAUCGUAUAUGUGUGUAUAUCUGGCAAUCGGCCGACACGACACGAAACACAGGUGCGGGACUACAACAGACUCAGGAUUUAUUAUGUAUGUGUGCGUAUGUAUGUAUGUGUGUGUGUGUGUGAGUGAGUGAGAGUGUGUUCUGGUGCUGGCUUUGCAGCCGCUGACAAGACCCGAACUCGGCCAUUGUCCGGGCCGCGUUGCUGCGGGGAAUGCUAGCGGCGCUAAACUAGACUAAUGGCUGGCACAGCAUGAAUAACAUCCGGUCCAGAAUCCUUCCUGGUUCAGUUAGAUCGUCUGGAGACUUGGGGC